CCUGGUCCACGGCACACCACUGGCCACUGGUUAACAGGCACAACUGCAAGGCCCUUAUCUUUAUCCUGCUUUCAGUAGGCACGAUGAUGCUACUACAGCCAACCGCUGCUGCUGUAUCUCCCUCAUCCUGCUGCGCCGUAUGGCUGCCGAUCCCAACCUUUCCAGUCCGACGAUAUCGUUCCAGCAUCAGUGUCCGGUGCGCAAACAGCGACGCCUCCGACAUCUCAAAGGCGAAGCUCAAGGUCGGCUCGCCAAUUGUCAUCAUCGAGGAACCACCAAUGCUCAAGACCGCAGCGUCGGUGCCCUCGCUUCGGCAGAACGCCGGCCGCGUCAAACCAGGCGACGUCGGGAGGAUAAUGGCGCGGAAGCCGAAGGACGUCUGGGCUGUGCGGCUUGCUGUCGGCACGUACCUGCUGGAUGGCAAGCACUUCAAGGCCCUGGAGGUCGUCGAUGAGGAAGGCGACAGCAGCAACAAUCAGGCCGAAGACAAAUAAGCUUUUAGAUCCAGCAACAAACAUCAAGACUUUCUUAUAGUAUGUUGUUAGCAUUGCUGCACAACUGCAAUAAAAGAUUCAGGAAUCAGGGUGCACAACUGAGUUUCGUA